AUGAUGGGUGGCAGCAAGAGAAAGAGUGCCAUCCCAUCCUGUGGCGAGGCUGGGAAGAUUACGGCAGAGGCGUUCCCAAGCAGCAAGAGGAAGAAGGCCCUUCUACUAGCUCUUUGUGCACGCUUGCUUCCUGAUGACAUGAUGUUGGAGGUGCUAUUUCGUCUCCCUGUCAAAUCCGUUCUCCGCUUCCGGGCCGUUUGUCGCUCUUGGGCUGCACUCCUCUCCUCCAAGGAUUUCUGCAGCCUCCACAUGGCAACCUGUAAGGUGCUGCCACCAGCACCAAAGCUACUGGUGGUCUCACCCACAGAAAAAUUGGACUCCACCACAGUAUGCUCAUACUCACCGUCAGGCCCGAGAGAUGAUUUACUCUUCACCAUUGACUCUGCACGUCCCAACUCUGUGGAAGUACUGACGCCCUCACCAUGCUGUGGCCUCACCCUUCUAUAUGACGCCGCCGCGCUAGCUUACUAUGUUUGCAAUGCAGCCACACGGGCAGUCGCACGUCUGCCACCUUACUGUGAUCGUGCACGUGAUUUUACCGCUGGGUUGGGAUUUGAUGCCCCGACAAGGGAGUACAAGGUAGUGAGGUUGAUCAAUGGGCUUGCCCACGAGGACAUCCUCAGGUGUGAAGUGUACACACCAGGGGCUGAUUGCUGGAGGCCUGCAGCUGGAGGAGUACCCUUCAGGUGGUCCAAGUCUGCACAUUCUGCAGUUGGUCAUGCUAUGAUGAGCAAAAUACAACCUGUGUUUGCCAACGGAUUCCUGCACUGGUUGAUCAGUCCUUCUCUUCUCAUCAGAAGGCCAAGAGCUGCCAUCAUAUUGUUUUCUGUCGCAGAGGAGACCUUCGGAUCCAUCCGUUCACCACCGUUCUGGGGAUCAAGAGAGCACGUACGCCCCUGGUCCCAGUCAGAAGGAGAGCAUCUGGUCGUGAUGGAUGACCAGGUGUGUAUUGUCCGGAACCUUCGCAACGGAACCCCUCAUGGUAGUGCCCUGGAGAUUUGGGGGCUGCUGGAUUACGGCUCUGGUGAUUGGACGCUAAAUCAUCGAAUCGAUUUGUCCGGGCACAUCAGAAGAGAAUUAGGCGAGCCACAGGCUGUGAGAGUUAUUGGUUCUCUUGGCAAUUGCAGGUCGGGGAAGAAGAUUGUCAUUGCUACUAGCAAGCACUGGGUUUAUGAAAAGUUUCAUAAAAAGGUUUACACCUAUGAUCCUAGCUGUCAGGUUCUAGAGGGCAUUCUUUCGGUCACUGAGACACACACCUCUGUUCCAUGCUUCAUUCCUGGUUCAAGAUUCAGUUUAUUUGAAGAGAGCCUUGCUCCAGUGCAUAAAAGGGAUGAAGAGGUUGCCCAGUCAUCUACCCUGGCUAAGGCAACUAAACAAACUACUAGUCCAAGCUAA